UAUCCCUUUCCCUCUCUACAUUCUCUCUCUAUCUCUAAACUUCUCUAUCUAUCUAGUUAGUUUCUCUCACUAAAACUCUCUCACUUAUUUAACUCAUGAGAGGUGCUCUGGGUUUCAGCUCCUCCUCUUUCCUUAACUGAGUUGCCUUCUCAUCUCUCUCUCUCUCUUAUCUCUUCUCUUUGCAUGCAUCUGUUUCUAAUUUCCUGAGAGCUUUGUUUGAAUGGAUGGAGAUCUCUACAGGCCACCACCAUCAGGCAAUGGCAAAUCAUCAACUAGAUCAUGAAGUUCUAAAUUGCCCCAAAUCAUCAUCAUCAACAUCCCCAGCUCAUCAUCUUCAACAGGAGAUCAAGAAGCCAAGACCUCAGCCAGAGCAAGCUCUAAGGUGUCCUAGGUGUGAUUCCACCAACACCAAAUUCUGCUACUACAACAACUACAGCCUUUCUCAGCCAAGAUACUUCUGCAAAGGCUGUAGAAGAUACUGGACCAAAGGUGGAUCUCUAAGAAAUGUUCCAGUUGGUGGAGGUUGCAGAAAGAACAAAAGAUCUUCACCUUCAACCUCCAAUUCAUCAUCUACUUCAAAGAAACCAGCUUUACAAGACAACCAAGAUCAAGUUAAUCCCACAUCUUUACUCAUUCCUUCCAUGCCUCUACCUCCUCCCCUCACCUAUGAUCCUAGUGACCUCACCCUAGCAUUUUCUAGCUUUCAUAGCCAUGACCCUUUCCUACUUGGUAACCCUAACCCUAACCCUAAUCCUAACCCUAAUGGAGCUGCUUUUCUAGAUAUUUUGAGGGGGGGUGAUCACAGUCAGAAUCAUGGAGGUGGUGGGGGUGGUCUUCAUAGCUUCUAUUAUGGGUUUAGUGGUGGAGGUGAUGAUAUCAGAGGCAUGCUUUCUUUUGAUGGAGGGGUGGGUGGCUGCAGUGAUAGUACAACAGUAGCUGCUGAAACAGGAGCCGUGGUGGGAAAUUCUGAUCAUCCUGCAAGUAAUGCUCAUAGUACUAGUACUAGCCAUGGAAGCUUGGGAAUGGAAUCUGGAAGAGAUUAUUGGAAUGGAGUUCCUUCUAAUUCGUCAUGGCAUGGGCUUAUUAAUAGUUCACUCUUGUAACUCAGAGAUGAACAUAUCAUAUCUAUAUUUAUAUAUUACGUGAGUCAAAUUCAUGUGUAGACACUAUUUCUCACGUAUUAAUAGUUUUUCUCCAUGAUGGAGACUUUAGGUUUUCAUAUAUGAUCUAUAUAUUUUAUCUUAAAUUUCUUCUUAAUUGUAUUUGUCUCUUCAUUUUUCUGAACUUGGGUGUGUUGCAAGAUCCAUAUUCAUGACUGAAACAUUAUAUUAAUAUGGAUUUCUCUUUCUUUUUUUU